AUGCAGCACGGCAGCAUCCAGAGCGAGGACGCCGCACUCAGCGCCUCCCUCGCCAGGAGCCUCGGCCCCUUGGUCUCCGACAGCCACCUCCCCCACCCAGCCUCCUACGACGACGCUGUCUGUACUGAUCGCGGGGCCAUUCAGAUCCUCGAGGAGGAGGUCAUCAAGUCCCGCUUGAACGAGUGGAGACACCAACAGAAGCAUGUUGUCAUGGCGUCAGCUUACCUCUACGUCCGCAACGCAGCCAACGUCCCCCCCGUGGCCGCAACCGAUCCCAGCUCGGGCCGGCUCUCCGGGGGAUGUGCCGCCGCCAAUGCCGCCACCAUGGCCACAGCCAAGCGCGCCUGGGACGCCAAGAUGGUAGCCCCUCCCGACACAUCCAGCCUGGACCAGUACUUUGCCGAGGCCGCGAGACACGUGGCCCCGCACCUGGCGGACCUCCCCGACAUGACCAUGGACACGGGCACCUGGCCAAACGCGCUCCGCGUGCAGAACGUGACCUUCAUUUCGAAGAUCUCCUCGCAGUCCGCCGUCGCUGCUCGCAUAGCCGACAACCUCCCGACAGUGGCGCGCACCCGCGGUCUGGCCAACUGCUACAAACACUUCGACCCGUCCCUGGCGGAGCGACCGGCUGUUCUGCACGGCAUGCCCGACACCUACGCCCAUUUCCUCUUCUCCGCGAACGUGGACAAGCCCACAAUUCUCCGUGGUGGAGAGUACGCCAUGCGCGUCCCACCGCCAGACAACGAUAUAGCACAGGGCGAUCCGAGCUCCCCGCUGAGAGCGGCCGUGGUCGCCGCCACGCACAAGGCAAUCUUGAGGAGCACGGUCGACGUCCUGAUAUAUUUCGACACGUACGUCGAUGACAGGACGGCCCUGACCAACUCUCUGGAGGCAGACCGUCUCUAUACCCAAGGAGUCGCACGACUGGACCACCUCACGGGACAGCACGAGGAUCCCUAG